AUGAUUAAAUGCGAAAGAAUACGGAUAGGUCAAGAGUUUCUUACUAGUCAGGAAUGGCCCGCUCUAUUUCGUGAGUCUACUCAUGAUCGUUGCUAUUGCGAUAAUUGUUAUCCAGCAUCCAGCCAGGGCGUAUUCUUUGCUGCUGGUUUCACCUAUGUAAUUCCCCGCGGAUGGACUCGUUUUGGUAUAUAUAUUGAUGAAAGAUGGACUGCUCACCAUAAUGCAUGGAAGACAUGGGCAAACUGCUAUCAUGGAACAAGUAUCGAGUCUGCGAAGUCCAUUGUUGAGCAUCGGCAAUUUCUUCUGCCUAAUGAUAUAACAAAAGAUGGGAAAAGGCUCAACAUACGUGGUGGUCACAUUCCCGACGAAGUCUUUGUCUUUACCACACCGACAAUAAAAUACGCUGCUCUUGAUUGCUAUGCUGAAACAUACACAUUUACAUCCACGAAGACGAAUAAACACUAUAAAAUCAAAGUUGCGCUUCAGUGCAAACAAAAACCGGAUUCUAUCACAGUUCAAGCCGAAACAGUAGGCGCGCGGCAAAGACAAGAGACCAUAUGUCCAUACGUACCAAACGAAAUAAUUGAAUGGAAGACAGCACAACGUUCAGUCAUUUUAACAUAUGGGUUAUUACUUGAGAUAGUUCCUGAUAAAAGCGAUCUGAAUGUUUAUAUGUUUGUCGGGUGGAAAAAAAUAUGCUGUCCGCAUUGUUCGCAAACGAAUACAUGGCAGAAUGGUGAUUAUAUCGAUGGAAAAGCUGUUGUUUGUGCUCAGAAGACUUUUAUGAAAGUAUUUCAACAGUUAAACUGCCCUCACUGCUCCGGAUCAAUUGUGUGGAAAGAUCGAAGUUACAAAGAAGGUCAAAUUAUUACGUGCCCGUAUGAGAACUGCCAGAAGACGUUUCAACAACUAAACUGUCCUCAUUGUUCUCAAUCGAAUGUAUGGAAAGAUGCCAGCUACAAACCGGGACUACGAAUUAAAUGUCAGCAUAAAACGUGUCAGAAAAUCUUUCAACAGCUGAAUUGUCCGCACUGUCUCGGAUCGAAUAAAUGGAAAGACGCUAAUUAUAAACAAGGAUUAAUUACUACGUGUUCAUAUGAAAACUGCAAAAAGAUGUUCCAACAUUUGAGUUGCGCACAUUGCAUGAACUCAAUUAUGUGGAAGAAUGCCAAUUAUCGAGAAGGAACUAUUGUUACUUGUCCACAUGCAAAGUGUAAGAAAAAAUUUCAGCAAAUCGAAUGCCCUCAUUGUUCCGGUUCGAAUAUAUGGCGAAAUGCUGAUCACGAAGAAGGUGCAGUUAGUGUCUGUGGUCAUGAAAAUUGCAAGAAAACAUUUCAGCAGUUGAUCUGUCCACAUUGCUAUCAGUCAAUGCGGUGGACAGAUGCCAAGUAUCGAAUGGGAUCCAUCACUGUAUGUCCUCAAAACGAUUGUAAGAAAUCAUUUCAAAAAUUGUGCUGUGCUCACUGCGCUCAAACGAUAUCGUGGAAAGAUGCGACUUAUAAAGAAGGAACAAUUGUGAAUUGUCCGUACGAUAACUGCAAGAAACCAUUUCAACGGGUAUAUUGUCCUUGCUGCUUUGGUUCCGUUUUAUGGAAGAAUGCGGAUUACAAACUGGGCUCUUUAACUACGUGUCCCCAUCUGCAUUGCCAGAAAACAUUCAUUGUAAAUCCAUAA